GUGUGACUCAUGCGCGUGGGUCGUCUUAUGUCCGCCACGCGCGCCGCUGCCAGGAACGCUGUGGGAACCACGAGGACGCAGAGUCUGUAGCGCACAUCUGCGAUCCUCAAACAGCCUCCGAGCUGCUGACUCUACCUCCGCCUCACUCACAUAAAAACAUGCCAAACCUCACAAGUCAGAGCGUCUCACAUGCUGCCCCGAAACUCCAGCAGGGAACUCCGGCUCCGUGCGUCUCCGCCGCUCAGCGCGCACCACCCCCGCGUCCGUGAAGAUGUCCGCGGGUCCGCCGACCCCUCAAGAACUCUACAGCUACAUCGGGAUGGAGGUGGUGAUCGCCGUGUCCUCGGUCGUCGGGAACAUGAUGGUGGUGUGGGCUGUGCGCAUUAACCGCUCCCUGAGAGACACCACGUUCUGUUUCAUCGUCUCUCUGGCCUUGGCUGACAUUACGGUGGGGGCUCUGGUCAUCCCUCUCGCCAUCACGAUCAGCAUCGGACUCCAGACGCACUUCUACAGCUGCCUGCUGAUUGCCUGCACCGUGCUGGUCCUGACGCAAAGUUCCAUCCUGGCGCUGCUGGCCAUCGCCAUCGACCGCUAUCUGAGAGUCAAAAUCCCCAUGAGCUACAAAAGGGUGGUGACCCCACGACGAGCUGGCAUGGCUGUAUUAGUAUGUUGGCUGGUGUCCAUCAUAGUAGGCCUCACACCCAUGUUGGGCUGGAAUAACCUGCAGCAUCUCCAUGACAAUGGUUCUUUGCCAACGGAUGGCCUCUUGGUGACUUGCAAGUUUGAGACGGUCAUCAGCAUGAACUACAUGGUCUACUUCAACUUCUUCGGCUGGGUGCUGCCUCCUCUGCUCUUCAUGCUGGUCAUCUACGCUGAGAUUUUCUACAUGAUCCGCAAGCAGCUCAACAAGAAGGUGACAGCGAGCCACACAGACCCCAGACGUUACUUCGGUAAAGAACUCAAGUUAGCCAAGUCGCUUGCUCUCGUCCUCUUCCUCUUUGCAAUCAGCUGGCUUCCUCUUCACAUUCUCAACUGCAUCACCCUUUUUUGCCCGGCCUGCGACAAACCAAUGUACAUCAUGUACAUUGCCAUCCUGCUCAGUCAUGGCAACUCAGCAGUCAACCCCAUUGUUUAUGCCUUUCGCAUGAAGAAAUUUCGCAGAGCAUUCCGUAAAAUUUGGAAACAGUAUGUGCUUUGUCAGGAUCAAGUUGCCCAUCUUCCUCAAAGAGGGAGCCAGAGUGGACGAAAUCAUACCAGAAGACUGAGGCAGAAUGAUGAUGAUGACGAUGACGUGUGAUCUUUAGUGAGUAACUGGAUUGUGCAAUUGUUGACUUUCAGCCCAGUCCCAGUGUUACAAGGGAAUGACUUAUCAUACUUGAAGAAUCACUGGUCAAAGCAGUCCUAAUGUUUCCGUAGAAUGUCAGAGAGACUAAACAGUUGAGGCUUCACCAUCUCAGAUAAACCUGUCCGUCCUGCAUUUUACGCUCCAAGAUAACAGAAGGACAAAUAAGCACCAAGACAAAUUGAGCAUCAUAAAUCACAUUCGUUUUGGAUUCAUCAUUC